AGUCCUUCAUUUGUUUUUGGGCAGUUGACUCUUUGCUAAACCCUACUUCACGUUCAGCUAUUGCUGCCCAACCUCCCGUCCCAGUGGGUGCCGGAGGUCUUGUUAGGACGUCUAUUCACCUCUCCCUUCCUUCCUCACCUGGAAAAGUGCUUCCGGCUGCUGCUCUCAUUGCCGACGCCACACCUUUGCUGUUGUGACCAGCUAGAAGAAGGGAAAGAUGCGGCAUCCCAGCAAGGAUCUUUUAUAUUUGGAGCGGAAAGAUUUAUCCUCUUCGUCUUUAGGUGUUUUUAAUGAAUCCUCACUGCUAGUUUGUAAAAAAAACUCAACGUCCAAGGAUCCUACUCGGAAUGAAAAACCCAUUACAGAACCAGCUUCAAAAAGCUUAGUAUUGGGAAGAGUCAAAGACUUCUUGGGAGUAAUAUCAGAAGCUAAUAAAAAGCUGCAAAUGGAUUCAAAGGAAAAUGCUGAAAAAUAUGAUAUCGAAGCCUUGGAUGGCAAUGAAUCAGAAGUGAUUCAAUUGGACCUGAUGUUGGGUAUUGCUGAUCUUCAUACUCCUGAAGCUGUGACUGCUGCUGAAUCUGCAAUAAUUGGCAAUCACCCUGUAAUUCCAUUGACUUGUAGUAGUAGCGAGUCAGAGUCUGAAGAGAGUAGUGAUGAUAGUAUUACCAGUGAUCAUGAUAACGAUGACAAUGAAAAGAGCGAUGAUCAGAAGACUGACUGCAGUAACAGAUUGUCAGUUAAACUCAAAAGAUCAAAUUCUAGAAAAACAAGCUGUAGAAGUAAAAGCAAAGGAAAAGGUAAAUCAAAGAAGCGACCAAAGAUUCAAGUGCUCUCUUAAGAUCCAUCUUUUUUAUCGGACCUGUUGCGUCAAUAUGGAUGCAUUGUGGUUUGGAAGUUUUAUUCACGGUGGAGGGUAUAUGAAGUUUCUGAAGCUUGUUCUGACAAAAUCUCCAAGGUUGCGAUUGCUAGCCUAAACCUUUGAAGCUUGGUCGGUGUGAACUGAUCUUUGCUCGGCCUUGGGAUUUUUAGAUAUUUCUCUCGUCAACUUUAUCACAAUUUCAAGUGCAGGAAAGGUGCCGUUUCUAUGCCAUUUCUAUUAGGAAAUGUAAUAGAUUUUAAGUUGUAACUAGUGUUGGUCAGUUUCACAAUUUUGGUUUGUAUUGAUGAUGUCGAAUUUAGAUGUUUUAAAAAUGGCCCUUUUAUAUAUAUGUACGAUGUAGCUUCAAAUAAGUUAAAUAGUUUAAUUCUUAGUAAGAGAAGAAGGUUUUUUGGAUGGUAAGAAGUGUUUAUGUAGCUCAUGUUUGGGAUUCAUUUUAAAAUGGUGUAAUCACUUUUCUGUAUUCAA